AUGGAUGCGUCUACGUCUAAGCGACUUUUGGAAUACUCAAGUACCAGUUUGGCUGAAGGUCCAGUACGGAAGACCAAUAAUACAUUACAGAAGAUCAUACGAAAACUUCGGCCUCGCGCUCGCAACAUAUCCAGGACUGAAAGCGACUGCUGGGAUGCUCAAAUAAUCUACCGAACUCAAGUCGCUCAUUCCGAGCCACCGAGCUACGAUCGGCUGCUCGUUCUAGACGGCUAUAAAUGGCCGCUCCCGGAACCCAUCGAACUGCUGAUGAUGCGCGACGACGUUUGGGCCGGCACAAAUUUCAGUUGCGAGAGAACCGGGGCGGAUUGCGAGGCCACAAAGCAGGAUGAGGGCGAUCAGAUCACGUUGCCAUGCGGCCAUGCUUUUCACCCACGUUGUAUCCAUCAGCAGCUCAGACAAUACUUCUACGCCCGCUGCCCAACUUGCCAACAUACACUACACUACCGGCUCUGUCACCACCGGCUCCAUAUUCCAUACCUCGCCUCGGGAACCGUCAUGCACCCGGACGCGCUCGACGGCGCCUGCGGCACCUGCGCGCCGCUGCCCUUCAUGCAGGAGCAGCUGGCGCGCCACGGGCCGAGCAGGAGACUGCCCAAGAGCGACAAGCACGCGUCCGGGCGGGACUUCGGGUGGCACUGGUGGAUCCUGAGCGUGUUCGAGGGGGGGCGGGAGCGGUACCUGGCGGAGCGGUCGGCGCUGUGGGGGCGGCUGUACCGGGCGUGCGCGGGCGGGGACGAGCGCGAGCGCGAGUUCGCCCUCGUCGUCUUCGACACGCUUCGCCUGCUCUACGUCCACCUCCGUUCCUACGGUGGGCUCGACUGGGUCCACGCCCUCUGCCUCGUCGGGCCCAUCGCCUACGCCGAGGCGUCCCUCUCCAAUGGCAAGGAGCCCGAGAGGAGGGGCGUGGAUAUCUGGAGUUGUCUCAUGGACAUGAUGGUGGAGAGGCUCCAUCAGUUCCAUCUCCGAGGUGCCGGGUUGUGGCAACCGCAGGAACUCCUUCCGUUUCAACCUUAUUAUCCCAUGGUUGAAGACUUGACAGAUGGUGCGGUAUAACCCAGCAAGCAGUCAUGAUCAGAUUCGUCCCGGGCGCAUGGUAAUGAUGCGUUUUGUUGCGCCUGUUUUGUUUCUUGACCCCGGUUGCAACAGUCGGCCGCGGCCAUUGUCUGGCGUGGCCGAGUAGUCAUGUUGGAAGACGGAUUGAGUCUCUUCGAAAAAGCGUAGAUACCCUAACUAGUGUAGACAGAAUCACACAAAAAGAUAAAAACAU